GCCUCACACUGUAAUUUAAUGAAUGGACCUGGAAGUAUAUGGCAGAAACUCCCGAUAGACGAGCUGCGUUCACAAAACAGUAAGAAAUCUCGUUUGACGUUGUUUUAAAAGCCCUAACAUCACUUCAUAACCUCACGUGGACUUCUGUUAAACCUCCCAGAGGGAUCUACAGUGUGUGAAAGUGAAUGGAUUUAAAGGAAAAAACUGUGGCUCUGGCCAGGCUGCUGCAUAAAGACUGCACCCAGUUACUGGAGUUAUACACUAAUCGGGAAUCUUUGCCAUCUAACUCUGUAUCCGGGUCACAGUUGGUGUCCAUCCCUCCGUUAACAUCUCAACUUUCACCUCCUGAGAAAAUCUGCUUCCUGCACGCGGCUCUCCGAGUGUGUCUCCGUCUGCUGGACAAGGCCAUAACCCAUGAGGACGCCCUCUUCCCCAACACACCUGAGGAUGAGUACACAAAACAGAGAAAAACUGUCAGAGACCGACUAGACUACCUGGUGAUGAGCACAGAGCGCCUCCUGGUGGGGGGAAAGAGGUGUGAUGCUGAGGCAAAGGACUUGGUGGAUGGUGGGACGUUUGUUCUGAAGAAGUGGAUCCUCCAGGUUCUGCAGGAUAUUGCGUACUGGUCCAACAAGACAGCUGAAACUCUCCAGACCCUGCCUGCUCUCACAGAUAAGAAACCACCAAGAACAAGAAGAGCAACUAGAAAGAAGGAGGCACGCAAACUACGCAAAUAAACAUCUAUCGCAUGUGUGUACUGAGAGAGAGAGAGAGAGAGAGAGAGAGAGAGAGAGAGAGAGAGAGAGAGAGAGAGGAUUUUUUAAAUUGAAACAUAUAUAAACCACAACUGAUUAAACCAUCACUUUAGUAAAGUAACACAAAACUUCCACAUGUACACAGCUACAGAAUUAAUAAUAGUCAUAGUUCAGGCAAAAAAAAUUUUUUUUACCACAAUGAGCCACAAUGAGCUUUAAUUUCGCUGGUUUGUCGCCCUCUACUGGACUAAAUGCACUAUAACAUUACAAAAAAGAGCUUUUCAGCAUUUUGUCUCAUUUGGUAGUGUAAAUCAGGAGGAUAUUGUAUAAUUUAUUAACUUAAAGGGUAUCUAAAAUUUUAUUUUAAAUAUCAGCAGUACUUAUUUAUUUAAUAUAUUUGUUGUAUGAUGUGUUAUACUAAUACAAUAUAAAUACUGUGUGUAAAAUAUCAUGAUCUAAAUUUAAGUUUAAAUCGCCUUUCCCCAAAAUGACAAAAUAGGCCCCAAAAUUACAACAUUUUAUUUAUCUUUUGGUCAUAUCUGAAGUGUUCAUGUAGCUAACAUGUCAAAAAGUCACGUUUAGGAUGUUUCAUGUUUCCUUGUCCGUGUAUGAUGGAAAAUCCUUCGAAUCUAUGUUUUAAAAAAAUAAUAAUUUUACUCACUGUUCAGACACCAGAACACUGUUGCUAGGCAACUGCUAAAUAUGGCCGCCACGCACAACCUAGCUAAUCACUGCGGCUAGCGAGUUUCUCGCUGCAAAAUCUUUUAAACAGAUAUUGUAAAGGUGCAGUGACUGUAGAAACCAGACAGAAUGACCAGAAACAUCAACAUUUACCUCAGAUGUGUUGAUAAAUUACUUAGAAAAGACUCCCUACGACUAGAAUGACACUUUAAUUCCACUUAGCAUUGACCGCUAACACAACUCCCACAGGUUCAGCCAUGUUGAAAAAUAUCAGUGUCAGUGACAAUUAGCCCAGGGGUCGUGUAACUCUGCAAUCGGGACUUGUCUUCACUUUUAAACAAAUUUAAACCCUUAAAAAAAUUAAUUAAUUAAUUAAUUAAUCAGAACGCCACCAUACUAUUAAGGAACAAUUCAGAUCACAGUGUAUUAAAUAAAUAAAUAAAUAAAAGUUAAAUAUAUUAUGUAAAGACAAUAAAUAAAUAAGACAAUGAAAGGGACAUUUAAUUUAUGACAUUUAAGUAGGAAAUAAUUGAAUAAUUAAUAUUUGAAUCACUCAUUAAUAAUUUAAAUGAUUACAUGUUGUGCAAAGUAUUAAUUUAAUUAUUCCUUUAAUUGUUUGUUUUUUAAAUGAUCAAAAUAUUUAUUUCAGGGACAUGGCUUUUAAAUAGUCUGAAAUAUUAAUUAUGAUAAUGUGGUUGGCCUGUAAUACUGGUAUGAACUCCGUCACCUAAAGCGCCUGGUAAAUAAAACAUUUCAGGAAAUGGGAACGAAUCUGACUUUACUGGCCAGGAGCACGUGCAAGUCUGAUUUAUUUUCCUUAGAUUUUGUGCUCCAAUACUUGCAAUGUGUGCAGUCUGCAACACCACAAGACCAGAAGUUUAUCCUUCUAAUAUUAGCACCUUUUCAAAUGUCAAUAUUGUGACUUUAUUCCCUGCAACUCAAAAUCUAUGACUUUUGUUUAUCAAGAGGUUACUAAUUUGUUUUUUAAAAUACUCUAUUUUAAUUUAUUUUAUUUAAACCAGUGACACCAAAACCCCGCAGUACUAACAAGCAUGGGGUCACAUAAAAGUUUUGCAGCAUUCCACUCGGAAGUGGGACGUCAGAAUUAUGUCAUUUUUGUAAGUUUGAGCUUCAAACUGAGGAAAAAACGCCUGUCACGGAUGUUUGUCUUUUGUUAGCAACAAGCUAACCAGCUAACUGUGAUGAGUGAUGUCCUCAAGACAGUGGAAUGUAGAGUCAGUGCUAUAGAUUUAACAAGCGAAAGUGUCUGUAUGUUGAUCGAUCUAAAGAUAAUACUUGUGUGUGUGUGUGUGUGUAUGUGUGUGUGUGUGUGUGUGUGUGUGUGUGUGUGUGUAUAUAUAUUGUAUAACUCAUUUAAAGGUAAAAAGCGUUACUUUCUUUUCUGAGAGCAGCCAUGUUGAUUUGACAUUACUUGCUGAAGUUGGGGUUGAGGAGACCAACCCGUGUUUAUGAGUAGGUAUUCUGAGUAGAGAGGAUGAUUUGUUUGGUUUUUACCUAUUCUGAGGUCUGAAAUGCCAGGUUACGUGUUUUAGUCGCACGCUUCAACAGUGCUAUGACCAUGGCCGACACUGAACAAACACACACUCUUUUCUGUUUCAUUUCAAGUAAAUCAGAUAAUAAAUGCUCUUUUUAUUAGUUUGCAUGUAAAGAUGGUUAUGUAGUGAUUUAGUGAUUUAGUGUACUACAGCUGUAGACGUUUAGUCAGACACCUUUGUUCACUGUUAAGAAACACAUUCCUGUCCGUUAUGUCCUGAAAGCAGAGUUAGUGGUAUUUCCAAGCUUUUGGAAUGUGUAAAAGUCUCAGAUUAACACUACAGACCGGUCAAGUGCUGAGAGUGGAUUUCACCAGACUAACGUCUGAACAAAAUCAACACAAACUAAAUUAUUAAACACUAAAAGGUGUCUCAACCUACAUUCACUCUAGCACGCAACAGACAAGUGUUCUUUCUGCGUACAUUUUCUACGUACGUGUGACACAGACCUGCUGUUUCAGCAACAAAGCGAUUUUCUCCACUCUAUGCGAAUUCGGUUUGAUGCUGUAAAACCACAAAUCUGAACUAUUGUCUCAAAUAAUUCCUCCGAGCAAUCCUACUGCGCUCGUGGUGCGGCGUGUCUUCAGUUUCCCGCUCACAAGUUUAGUUCCUAUCUGCAAUUAACUCCCGUUUAAAUAGGGUUUCACCUUCUCCUGUCAUAAACGACCUCUCGUUAAAUGUAUACCGAGAAAUGAUGAAGAAAAAUCAAGCUUGGAAGGAAGUAGCAGAGAUUGUUGGCAUCUCUGCUGAAGGUAUGUAGCUAGUACAGUUAGCUCGCUUUGCUAACCUAAUUUGAGAGUGUAGCUAGUGCGAAGCCGAGGAAAUAACAUGCAAAUCAAGCGAACAAUUUUCACACUGAUUAGAGCGCUAUUUAAGUUGUAUUGAACUAGUAUGCUUUAGAUGCUGUAUCUAGCUACUACGGUUUCUUAUCUAUACGGAAAAAAAAGCUGGAUAGGCCACGCCCACAAGCAACAACAGUAGCGAUGAGAAUCAUUCUGCUUGUCUCUCGUCGCUUCCGCUCGUUUUUCCGCUUCUGUUUGCUAGCCAAGCUGGAAAUGUUAGAACUUUUCAGAAGAACCAUGUUCUCGCUCCUCUUCUCUUUGACAGUGAAUGCGAAUAUUGUGUCCUGUGUGAAAAGCGCUUUCCGCUGACACUGCCUUAAUCUGUUACAUCUGCGCACCUUCGUUACUGUUUUAUCUAAAGAUACCGAGCAGAAAUCCGAGGGAUUUAUCUAAAAGGCUGAGAGAUCUCUAUACGAAUAUAUAUAUAUAUAUAUAUAUAUAUAUAUAUAUAUAUAUAUAUAAACAUUAUACAAUGUUAGAAAUAGAGAUUACUCACCUGUGACUACUGAUAUGAUAAUCUCUGUUAUCUUUAUUAUUUUCCUCAUUUUAGAUUUCUCACAAUAUCACUAAUCAGUUCAUAUGUAGGCAUUAACCUUCCAGAGAUGAAUCAAAUUCAUACAUCUGCCUUAGGAACAAAAUUCAAGCAUUAGCCUUUAUCAGAAUGUCUUUACGAUGAUGCAAAAUGUAGCCUCAAUGUUUGUGUGUCAAAAUGUUUGUGUUUUUGUAUAUCUAUUUUGUAUCUUUUUAUCUUUAUAUACAUUUUUUCAAUGUAUAUGUAUAUAAAUAAGAUGACCUUUAAAAUGAUACGGCUGCUUUUCACUUCCUUUAGAGUCUACUGUUUUGUUUAAAAGGUACAGUAUGUAGAAUUGACGGUGUUGAGAAUGGGAAAAAUGGCAGGAGAGAUGCAUGUAAAUGUUCUACAGCAGCUCUACACUGCGCUCUGUCACGGAGUUUGACUGAAUAUUCUUUUACAGCUUGAGUGGUGUGAUAUCAGCAGUUAGUCAGUUACUGACCCAGGAGUGUUUCAUUCCACUUAUACCACAACAACUCGCCAUGAUUACACUUUUUUUUUUUUUUAAAUUACAAAACAUUUUAUUUUUAUCCGUUUAGAUUUACAUAUUUGUAAAUGGUCUGUUGCAAAGCACUGACACUGGAAUCAGAAUGUUAAAUAAAAGUUUACUUAUGAAAA